AUGUUCUCUGGUGCUCUUAAAGCCCUGUCGGGAAACUCCAUUACUUCCCAAUACACCAUUUCUCCUAAUCAUUCAUUUGUCGCUGGUCCAUGGUUUGUCUAUCCUGCCCGGUCAAAGGCCACCAACGAAGAAGUUUCAGUAUUUUAUUUUGAUAAAAAAAAACUUGAAUCUUCACUUUCCAAAGGUGGCUCCAAAAGCAGCGCUAGUGAUGUUUAUGACAGACUUCGCCGUGAGGUGGCAUCUCUGACCAAGCUACGACAUCCUUAUCUGCUAAAGCUUAUACAGCCUCUUGAGGAGUCCAAAAACUCUAUGCGAUUUGUCACUGAACCCUUAUUUUCUAAUCUUUUGCACAUGAUUGAGCUAAACUCUUCUAGUGUUGGUUCCUCCGCCAUUGAAGGGUUUGAACUGGAUGAGCUUGCUAUUCAAAAGGGACUCCUGCAAGUCUCCGAGGCUCUUGACUUUUUGCACAAUACUGCAAAUUCUGUGCAUCUUGAUAUUCAACCAUCAUCAGUUCUCAUCAAUAGCAAAGGUGACUGGAAACUUUUUGGUCUUGGCUUUGUCGAAACUUAUACAAAGGAUGCCAACAAUGAGUACUUUACCCCACGGUUUGAUCCGCGUUUACCUUCUUACAUUCAAGUAAACUACGAUUAUGCUGCCCCAGAACUUGUUUUGGAUCGCAAACUUGACCCAGCAAAUGAUAUCUUUUCUCUUGGAUGUCUGCUUAUUGCACUUUUCUUGCAUCGAGCACCUAUGCGCACAGACAAUAAUCCAAGCAUAUACAAACAAGAAUUUCAAAAUGUCAACCGUUUGCUGAAUGAUUCCCGAAUCCCUUCAUACCUUCACGAUAUACUACCUCAGAUGCUUGCCCGAUACCCGACCAACCGCAUAACCUUGAAUGAGCUUAAAAGCUCGCCGCUCUUUGAUAAUAUAUUAAUUAGAACCAUUAACUUUCUGGAUGACUUCCCAGCAAAGUUGCCUGCCGAACAGCAGGCGUUUAUGACUGGGUUUUCCAAGCUUAUUGACCAAUUCCCUAAGUCCGUUUUACAGAAGAAGAUUUUGCCUGCAUUUCUGGAGGAGCUUGGCAAAGAAGAGACCCUUACUAGUCCUAUUCUUGCAAAUAUCUUUAUUAUUGGCAAAGAUAUGAGUCAACUGGGAUUUUCAGAAAAAAUUUUGCCUGCCAUUCGCAAAGUUAAAGAUAAUUUGGGUGCCAAGGUGACAAUUUUAAAUAAUGUCGAAGUGCUUACUUCUCGCGUUAAGGGUGAUAAUUUCCGUGAUGAUAUUUUGCCUAUUUUGCUCGAUACGGUGGAAAAUGCACCACCAGAAAUUCAAGAAGUUGCUCUUGCCAAAGUCCCUAUCUUUAUUGAAAAGCUUGACUUUUUGACAUUGAAAAAUGAAGUUUUCCCUGUUAUUGGAUCCGUAUUUGCUAAAACUACUAGUUUGGCAGUCAAGAUCGAAGCACUUGAGGCAUUUGAGCACCUUGUCAAGAGUGGUCUUGAUAAAUAUGCAGUUACUGAAAAGCUACUUCCUCUACUCAGCAGCAUGAAGACUCGAGAGCCUACGGUUAUGAUGGGUGCGCUGCGUGUAUAUUCCAAAAUUGUACCUGUUAUUGAAGUUGAAAUUCUUGCGCGUCAAGUGAUUCCUCAGCUACUCAACAUGAGUAUGGAGUCAAUGUUGAAUCAUAAUCAAUUCCGUUCCUUUAUGGAAGAAAUUCACAAGGUUCUUGACCGCGUUGAAAAGGAACAUGGAAAACGCUUGUCUCAGGUUCAAGUCAAUACCAAUGGGUCUAUUGGAGGGUCUAAUAGGUUAGAUGACAGUAACGGAGCUGAUGGUGAAGGAAAUGGGCCGCUUAACUUUGAAGAUUUAGUCUAUGGUAAAAACAAAAAAACCGAAAGUACACAAUCAACUCCAGUAUUGGAGAAGGCGUUACCUGUAACGAGUUCCAACAAACCUUUGGGAUUGACUUCGUCGAGCACAGUCCCUACGUCGUCAUUUGGUGCCCUGAAGCUUGAACCAUCAGCUUCAAAACCAUAUGUUCCCUCUCCCCGGCCUGAACCAUCGUUUGCACCAGUACGCAAGCUUUCUCCACCGCCAAUUUCUCCACCAGCAAAACAUGCAUCACUAUCUAGCAAUACUCCUUCAUCUUCUAUUAGCUGGAAUACCCCUUCCACAAUCAAACCACCUUCUGUUGGUGGAUUUGGAUCAACUGGUGCUGGCGGAUUUUCUCCUAUGACUCCUCUUUCUACAACCUCUCAGAGCAGUUCUAGAAAUAACGGUACAUUAUCUCCCUCUGGAUCUAGCAUUGAUUGGGGUCGCACAACAACUGUGCCUACAAUUUCUCCGGCUCCUGCAACGGUUCCAACACCUGUUACUGCACCAACACUAUCCCCAUCAUCUACAACUACGUCUUCAGGAAUUGAUUGGAGUCGUGCCGUAAAGCCCAAGCCUAGUAUCAAUAUGAUAACGCCUAUGACCCCGCAAAACCGGCAAAGUAGUACCAAUAAUGACUCGUUUGGAGAGUUUCACGCAACUCCAGCGCCUGCACAAAACAAUGGUGGAUUUGGCAUACAGUCAUUACAACCCAUGAAGCCAAUGAAUUCGCCAUUGGGAUUCUCACUAACUCCGCUUAGUGCAUCUAAGCCUGGAGGUAUUUCUGGAAGCAAUAACACACAGCUACAAUCGUCGUUUGGUGAUGACAGUUUGAUUUAG